GUCCUAGAAAUCCGGUUCUGAAACUACAGCCUCCGGUAUUGCAUGAAUACACUACUCACAACAACAGCCUUAUUGAACAUGCGCAUUCAUUCUCUGCCAGCAGGAGGCGCUUUCGAACGGUUUCCGCGGUAACAGCAGAACACAAAGCAGCACCGGACUUUGAAACGUGCUGCGCUCAUAUUUAUUUAUAGCUUUUUGAAGUUUAAUCAUCACAUUAAGCUGCAUCGUGAUUCUGGUCUGUACCCAAAUUUAAGACCUCUUGAAAUCAUAAUUAAGACUUUCUUGUACAAUUUAAGACUUUUUAUGACCUUAAAUUUGAUAAAGUAAAUUUAAGACAUUUUAAGACUUUUUAAGUACCCGCGGAAACCCUGAGCUGAAAUCAUUAAAAGGUUAAUAUAUUAUUAGUACUAUCAUUAUACAUUAAUGUUUCAUUACACAUCAUUACCAAAGACCUGUGGUGUUUGAAUCGCACAGAUUUUUCUUCAAAUGGAUUGUUGUGUUCUGUUCCGCACGUGCUGUAUCCCCGCCUCUGCGUUGUCAGGGUAACGUGACGCGUCCUGACGUCAGCCAAGGGUUAGCGCUCGUCGAGCAGUCGUUAUCAUUUCUCGGUAAGGUUUGUCGGUUUAUUAGCGGCGCAGAUGGAGGUGACCGUCACGAUGGACCCGCUGUUUCUGGCCUGGAGCAGCUGCAGGAGGCGGAAGUUCCAGAGAUGCUCGGAUAUCUGCUCAAAGCUCCUGUCAGAAAGCCCGUAUGACCAGGCGGCGUGGAGCUUGAAGACGAGAGCUCUGACGGAGAUGGUGUACAUCGAUGAGGUGGAGGUGGAUCAGGAAGGCAUCGCUGAUAUGAUGUUGGACGAGAGCUCCAUCGCUCAGGUUGCACGUCCAGGAACGUCACUGAGGCUUCCAGGAACGAGUCAGGGCGGAGCGCCCACUCCAGCGGUCAGACCGAUGACUCAGUCAGGGCGUCCCAUCACAGGGUUUGUGAGGCCCAGUACACUGUCUGGAAGACCAGAAACUAUGGAGCAGGCCAUCAGAACCCCCCGAACGGCCAGCACGGCCCGUCCAGUCACCAGUGCUUCUGGCAGAUUUGUCAGAUUGGGAACGGCCUCCAUGCUAACAAAUCCAGAUGGACCAUUCAUUAAUCUUUCUAGGUUAAACUUGGCAAAGUAUGCCAAGAGACCGAACUUGUCCAAGACCUUGUUUGAAUAUAUCUUCCAUCAUGAAAAUGAUGUAAAAAAUGCAUUAGAUCUGGCUGCUCUUGCCACUGAACAUGUUCAGUUCAAAGACUGGUGGUGGAAAGUACAACUGGGAAAAUGCUAUUACAGAUUAGGUUUGCACCGUGAAGCUGAGAAGCAGUUCAGAUCAGCGCUCGCACACCAAGAAUUUGUUGAUACUUACCUCUACCUCGCAAAGGUGUAUCAGCGGCUUGAUCAGCCCAUCACCGCUCUGAACGUGUUCAAGCAAGGCUUGGAUCACUUCCCCGCCGAGGUCACGCUGCUCACGGGAAUUGCACGCGUCCAUGAGGAAAUGAAUAACAUAACCUCAGCCACAGAAUACUAUAAAGAAGUAUUAAAGCAGGACAACACGCACGUGGAGGCCAUUGCCUGUAUUGGCAGCAAUCAUUUUUACACAGACCAGCCGGAGAUUGCCCUGCGCUUUUACAGGCGUUUGCUGCAGAUGGGGGUGUUCAACUGCCAGCUGUAUAACAAUCUGGGCCUGUGCUGUUUCUACGCCCAGCAGUAUGAUAUGACCCUGUCGUCCUUUGAGAGAGCUUUAGCCCUGGUGUCCAGUGAUGAGGAACAGGCCGAUGUCUGGUAUAAUCUGGGACAUGUUGCAGUGGGCAUUGGUGAUUUGACUCUGGCUUACCAAUGCUUUAAACUGGCCUUGGCUUUUAACAAUAACCACGGUGAGGCUUACAAUAACUUGGCCGUGUUGGAGCUACGGAAAGGCCGCAUCGAGCAGGCGAAAGCUUUUCUGCAGACUGCUGCUUCUUUGUCUCCUCACAUGUAUGAGCCGCAUUUUAACUUUGCCACUCUCUCUGAUAAGGUGGGCGAUCUUCAAAGUAGCUACAUGGCUGCUCAGAAGUCAGAGGAUGCUUUUCCUGAGCAUGUGGACACUCAGCAGAUCCUGAAAAACCUCAGGCAACAUUUUGCCACUCUAUGAGACGACUUAACAGUUAUCACAUCACUGUUUAGGGUUAAACAUGACCUGCAAGGAUUGUAGCUAGAUAGAUAUAUGUAUAUAUAGACAUAUUCUGCCUGACAUUGCCUGAAUACAGUUUUUAUAAUUAAAAAAAUAUAUAAAAAUGAUAAUAAAAAUUGCAUUGUUUUUUUUCCAAAA